CGGGCUACUGAAACUGAAGCCGAAGUGUGAAGUAGCAGGUGCUACUCCGUUUUCAAUAUACAUCGACUAAAUACAAGAUAAACAGCGCACGAUUUUAAGUAUUUUCAGUUAUACUUAUUUAGAGUAAUCAGCACUAAUAGGAACAUGUAACGUUAGCAUCUUGCUAAAUAUCGCGCCAUGCAUUCACGAAUAGCGCCAGGAUACAUUUAGGAUAUUUUAGACAUACUUGAGUUAGCAUUACACUGCGAAUUAUGUGCAGACACAGAUAGAAAGCCUACAGCAAACCGGUUAUGGUUUGGCAAAACACAGCUGCCUAAUAUCCUGUAGCAUUUAUAAUGACAACACGGAAAAGAAAGAAAUCUUUACCUCAGGCAGAGUCCUCCAGCGUUCAGACUCACAGUGAACCUCUGAAGAGACUCGGUCUAUCUGACACGAACCCUGCCGGUCAUCUUCACAGCCCUUAUUUCUCGACGAGAGAGUCUGUCAGACUGAGUUACAGCUUCUUCGAUCAGCCCUGUGUUGAUCUGGCAAAGGCCUUUCUCGGCAAGGUGUUGGUGAGGAAGCUAACCGAUGGCACUGAGCUCAGAGGAAGGGUUGUGGAAACCGAAGCAUAUCUGGGUGGAGAGGACAAAGCGUCCCACUCAGCAGGAGGGAAACGCACAGAGAGAAACACGGCCAUGUUCAUGAAACCUGGGACCAUCUACGUCUAUCCCAUCUACGGCAUCUACCUCUGCAUGAAUGUCUCCAGCCAAGGGGAGGGGGCGGCGGUGCUGCUGCGCUCGCUGGAGCCUCUGAGCGGCCAGGAUGUCAUGAGGGGCCUGCGAGCAGCCAAACGCAAAGCGGGAGCCAGAAUCCUUAAGGAGAAAGAGCUCUGCAAUGGUCCGUCCAAGCUGUGCCAAGCACUAGAUAUACAGCGCUGCUUCGACCGCAGGGAUCUGGCCACCGAUAGCGAGGUGUGGCUCGAGGGAGACCCAGAAGCAGAGACCGCUAGCGCUGGAGAGGUGGUGUCGACGUCCCGGAUAGGGGUCGAGUCUCACGGCGAAUGGGCGACCAAACCGCUUCGUUUCUACAUGAGAGGACACCCGUGUGUGAGCGUGUUAAACAGAGAUGCAGAGCGCCAGAUGCAGUCCUCCACCGAUCUUCAAAUCGCCGAGACGGACGGCACGGUCUGAUGAAAUGUUGUUGGGUGAUGAGGUCACCCUUUUAAAGGAUUGUUUUAUCAAAAAGGGAUCAUUUAUUUACCAUUGUGUCGCUUUGAAUCUGUGGUUAUUCCGUUUAACACCAAAGGAGAUGUGUAGGAGAAUGUCCAAGCUGCUCUUUUCCAUAUAAUACAAGUGAAGUUUAAGUCAUUAUUCGGCAAUAAUAGUCUCAUCUUUCUCGUAAAGCCUUCCAAAUGAGAAGAAUGUAGCACAUCUGCAUUCUGUGCUCGUUUGGUCAAUUUGGAGCUUGAAAGCCCCUGGUGACUAAUCGUUUUCACUGUAGAGAACAAAAAAGAGCAGCAAAAAAUUACCGGAAGAGAAUCACAAAGGGGUGGAACGACAUAAGAGUGGGUAAAUAAUGAGAAUUGUAAUUUUUGAGUCAACUAACCUUUCGAGUUUUGUAAGAGCAUGUUUUUUUUUUUAUUGCAUAUUCUUGUUAUUCCUGGUGCUUAUUGAUUUUACAGAUGUUUGGAAAAUCAUUUGCACUUCGAGGCAAUUACAACCCCCUUUUCUCGUUCUCUGUUUCUCCACACUUAAUCUUCAUGGCACGCAAUG